AUGAACAAAAUCGAUGACUGGGGAUCUUUGGAGGCCGAGGGAAAAAUAUUCAUAAUGAUGAAGCCUCAACACGACGCUACCUUCUCACGCAUGAACAAAAUCGAUGGCUGGGGAUCUUUGGAGGCCGAGGGAAAAAUAUUCAUAACGAUAAAGCCUCAACACGACGCUACCUUCUCACGCAUGAACAAAAUCGAUGGCUGGGGAUCUUUGGAGGCCGAGGGAAAAAUAUUAAUAAUGAUGAAGCCUCAACACGACGCUCCCUCCUCAAUCGCCCUGAACAAAAUCGAUGACUGGGGAUCUUUGGAGGCCGAGGGAAAAAUAUUCAUAAUGACGAAGCCUCAACACGACGCUACCUUCUCAAUCGCAUGA